CUUCAGUCCAACCUAAACCCACGGCCGUGCACCAACGAUACCCUGUUAAUAUACGCCACAACGCACCGCCACAUAUGGUAGAGAGCUUACAAAAGGUAUAAGAGGUGUAUAAGGUAUUGGGGUAGGUAUUGGGGUAGGUAUUGAGGGAGGUGUUGGGGGAGGUAUUGGGGGAGGUAUUAGAGGAGGAAGACAGAACUCUGGCCAUGGAUCUUAACUUGCAGCCAGAGCAGUCGGCCGAGCUCCCGGUCAUGCCAGACGCCGUGGUAGAGCUGGUCAAGAUGCUGGAUAGGGGUGAAACGUACGAUGGAAUAUACCAUGCCAUGAUCAACGGCGAGAUGGUAAAUGGUAUAGCAGAUACUAACUUCGGCGAUGACUUGAGGAUAUUGCUGCAUUCGCUAUCCCCUAAGAUGCUUCGGUCUGUACUGAUGAAGACUCUAGGACCGGAUUUAUAUGAUCCGGAUUUUGCUACUAAAGCUAACGAAGAAUAUAUCUUCAAAAGCAACGGGCCGGGGGCUUACGUCGCAUUCGUCUCCAUAGAAGGUCGAAAGGGAAAGUUUCUUUGCGCGAGAGAGUUAAGGGAGCUGAUAAGAUUGCUGCAACGAUACGUCCAAGCGGUGGACGCUUACCAAAGGCAAAACUCGGAUGAUAUUUAUGGCAGUAGUCAACUUACAGAUGCCGAUAAAGCUGCGAUGGUGCAAGCAAUGGAAAUCGAUGAUAUCUCACGGUUUAAGACCCGGUAUCAACUCGAUAGACCUAAUUUUGAGGACUUCAAUCCGCGCUGGAAAAGUCAGUCUAGAGAUAAUCAGAUGCAAAGCGGCAGAAAUGUGCAUAUAUCCGAUCCAAUUCUGUCCUUUAUAUCCAUGCUGGAGAAGCGCCUGCUCCCCGACGUUGACGAAGAAAUCUACCAGAUGCAAUCGCCACUGAUGGUUGGGAACGCCGGCUAUAUCAACCAGAGAGCGGAGUGCCACUUACCUAGUCCACACAUACACGACAAAACGCCUAAGCUUUGGGGCCUUUUACUUUCCUGUUUAUAUGUGAUGGGUUUUAAACUCCGCGUACGCUACGCUACGUUAUUUCGCGCCUGGCAAGACAAAGAACAGGUUAAUCUCGCGGAAGUCCUAGGAACCAUAUUGGCAGGCUCAUUGAUCAGCAUGGACGGUUGUAACGUUAAGCAACCCGGAACUAGAGGCGCGGACAAUAUACCUGAUAGCGAAUUUGAUUGUGGGAAGAAGUACGUCUUUGCGGGAAUUCCAUGGUUCAGAGAGAAUCUUAAGCACUCGCUUAACACUCGCUCAAGAAAACCUCCCUCAAAGAACGCAAUUAUCCAGCUUCGGGAGUCCGUAGGCAAAGGGAGGGAGGACCAAAAGAGAUUAAAGGCUCUAGAUGACCAGAUAAAGCAGAAGAAGGCCGCGCUCAUAGCAGCAAAAGACAAGUACAACAAAGUCUACGAAGAGGUUAUUUCUAAUCUCCAGCACAGCGAUGCAGUGAUCAAAGAAUUAGAUGAAUUUCAGUCCGCUAUGGACAAAGUAGGCACCUAUUACCCUCAACUCUUUCCGCCAAAUUUUUAAAGUGCUCCUCCUCUUUUCAACACCAACGCCAAUACCGUUAUCGUAGUAGUAGCAACAACCAUAACAGCAGUGGCGGAUUAAUCUUCUCGUAGUGGCGGUGGUAAUGGGCAUGGGCAUGGGCGUGGGCGUGGGCGUGGUAUCGUCGAUAGGGCC